ACCGAAUCUGGUUGAGUCGCGGACUAGGUCGUUCUCUUUAAGACGUUCACAGCACUGCCUCGUAAUUCACACAGCAGACUAUCAGUCAGUCGCCUCCGGGAUAAAACAGUCAUUCUAAUUUGCUGCUCAUCGGUUUUUGUGCGAAAACCGGAGCUCUAUGAAUUCACUCUCUCUCGUAUGUUUAUGCUCUUUUGAUAUGUGUUUAGAAAGUUUAGAGCCUCUACUAUUUAUAGGAGGAGAAAAUCCGGAAUACUGACAAUUCCAAGAAAGUCACUGAACUUAUUAUCAUGCGCGGUUUGACCAGAAAGAGGAUAACACAACAGUGCGAGUAAAAAAAGGGGAAGUGGAAAUAGGGACACAACUUUUCUAGCACGCUUCCACUUGGCCCCAAAAUUUUAUUAAUAGCAAAGAAGAAGCCGACGGAGGAGUGUCCGGUGUCCCCUACACUCUCCAGAGCAGUUCCGGCAAGGCAACGGCAGGCAGCUGCCGCUGCUGGUGCGCCAUUAAUCAUCUUCAUUGAGGCAUAAUCUUUAAAAGGAAAAGCUCACGAGAACUACCUCAGUAAAAAAAGGAUGCUUCUCUAUCAUUUGGACCGAUGGUCAAAUAAGUGAUUUGAUCAGUUGGUUCCUUUUUUUUUUUUAUCUCUGUCUGCGACGGUGAAUUCAGGGCACUGCGCUCCCACGUUGUUUUGUCCUUGAUUUUAUCACAGAGGUAUAAUUAUGGGUUAAUAUUUUUGUACGGACUGAACUUUGACCAAAAUAAACAUUCUGGCCAAUCUUUUUGAUCUAUAACAUCCUGGCCCGAACUAUACACCAAAAUAAACAAUUUGGCUAAAUCCGACUUUUGACCGUUAACCUGGACGGUCAAACGCGUUGACCGUUAGUCAACGUGCCAUGUCACUGCCAAGUCAGCAUAAAAUAUUUAAAAUAAUUCACAAUUUUCAUACAUUCCCUAAUUUUAUAUUAUUAUAAAUUAAAAAAAUCAUCUAAUACCUUAGUUAAACCAAAAAUAAAAAACGAAAAAAAUAAAUAUUUAUCAGAUCUUAUGACUUGGCAGUAAUGUGGCGCGUUGAUCGUUAGUCAACGCGUUUGACCGUCCAAGUUAACGGUCAAACAUCGGGUUUGGCCAAAUUGUUUAUUUUGAUGUAUAGUUCGAGUCAGGAUGUUAUAGAUCGAAAAAAUUGACCAUGAUGUUUAUUUCGACCAAAAUUCAGGUAGUACAAAAAUAUUAACUCUAUAAUUAUACACAAUCCCACUAAUUCUUCCCCUAGUAAAUGUUCCCCUGCCACAAUAAUUCUGCCGCGUAAUUACCUUUCCUUAACUCAUCACCAUAAUUCCUUCCAUACCUCAUGCCCAUCCAGACAAGAGGGGCGUGCGUUAUAAUAAAUACCCAUCGCCAUUAAAAUAACUCAGUUACAGUCUUACACAGAAAUUGGAAGAGACAAGAAGAAGAAGAAGAAACCAAACCAACCGUUGGAUAAAUAAAAUAUAAAACGACCCUCAGAGCUCAGUUCUAGCGAGUAGGGUUUUGUCAAGUUCCAAACCAACGGGCCAUUCCUCCUUCCCUUGACCUUGAGCCACUUACCCGAAAGGCCGAAACCCAUAUAUAAAAGCUCUGCUCAAAAGGAGAGGGGGAAAAAAAAGGGGUAAAGCUAGAACAGAAAAAUGGCAAGCAAAAGCAAAUCCCCUGUUUUCCCCAUGCCAACAGAGCCUCACCACUUCAGCGACUAUGGCUUCGACCCUCAAAUCGACUACUUCCAGUUCUUAGAAGAAGCGAAGAAGCACAAGCUCAACUCCACCACCGCAGCAAAUUCCAUCGACACGCUGCACUUCAAGCUCCAGAAGCCCCUCUCCAGAGACGAAUCUCUGAAGGCGACCCGGUCCAACAAGGCGAAGAUCAAGAAGCGGUGGUGGAAGAACGCGCUGGUCUUCUUCAAGCUGAAAUGGGCUCACACCAAUCCCAAAUUUAAAGCCUUUGAAGCAGAGGAAGGAGAAGGAGAUGAUGUUCACAGAGCCAGGGCUCGAGCUCUCCGUGCCACGAUGUCGGGACCCGUUUAUUACAUAACCGAGAGCCGAAGCGGGUCGAACACGCCGUACCGGACGACGACGAGCAGGCCUGCCUCCGGCCCUCUCGCCGGAUCUCUGUCGCCGGCGGUGAAAGGGGACAUCGAUUUGCCGUAUGUGAGUCUCAGGGAGCUUAAUAUGGAGCGGCAGCAGCAGAGGAUGUCUACCUCUGCCUUGCCCAUUUACUUGGUCACUUGAAAAAUGCUGAAUCGGUUUCAAUUGGGAAGUCUAGAUUAGUUUCUUUCCAAGAUUGGUGCCCAGUUUUCCCCCUUUUUUUGGUUGGGGGAAAGGGGGAAAUUACAGAUUGCUGUCGCCAUGGUCUUUUCCCUUUCCUCUGUUUUCUGGGUUGCUUCUAAAAUUGCUUAGGAAGAACAGGGUGUUUGAUUUUUUAUUUUUUUUACCUUUUGUGGAGGAUGACUGAAUCAUCAAUCUCCACUUUUCUAUGUUAUCUUUUUUACCUUUUCACUAAGUAGUGAUGAGAUUGAUUUGUUGUUGUUAGUUGGUAAUGGUGAUGAAUGAUCAUAGAGUGUGAAAUUUGUGCAUCAAGGCACCAACUUUGGUGGUGGUGUGUUGUUGUUUGUAGUGGUAAAUCUUUUUAUCUAUUUGUUUGUCUAUCUAUGCUCACUAUAUUAUUAUCAUAAAGUGAAAUGGGUUUUUUUCGGGAUGAAGCACAGUUUGCAACACUAUAAUUGAAACGAAUGAAUAUUAUAGUACAGUCGAAAAUGAUAUGAAAUUAUAAGAUAAUGACCUUGAAUUACUUCAUUUUCAGAGGCUUUCACUCUUCUCUUUAAUGUUGGGAUAGUGUAGUUGUUGGAAAUUGGUUGUUAGGUAAUUGUUAAUUAUCUAUCUCUGAUGGGGCAUGUGACCUCUUUGUUAAUGGAGGAUUUGAUGGAUCUUAGGAAGAGUAAUCUCAUUUGUUUUCAUAUUCUUAAAUCUUCAAUUCAAAAGUAGCUAUGAUAUAUUUGCUGAAUAUUUUGAAAUCUACAACGGUCCUAGAUGAUAAAUUAUUAGGUGUGAUUUUGUCAGCUAGUGUGCAAAUUACACUACAUGGGUACGGUCAGCAGAAUCAAGCUGGAUUUGGUUCCCCUCAUUUUACCUUGCCUUAUUGUAGGGUCCUUCACAACUAACCGACGAAAGGAGAGCCUAACUACCUAAAAGAGAAAAGUUCCAUUAAGCAUCAAGAACUUUGUUAGUUUAAGCAAUGCCAUUGCUCCCUUUAAUGAUACACUUUUUGAUCAAGUUAGAUUAGCCACUCAUUAUGUGCUCUAACAUAAGAGUACAACAUACCCCAUUAGACCAAAUCAAUCCCGAGCAUCCAUAACUGCGUACUUCUUCGAGAAUCGAACUAUAAUUUUUGAGCAGUAUAUUCGUGAUGAGCGCAUCAUAUGUGGGUGACAUAAGUUCGAACCUGCUGAUUGAUUAAUAAGAAGCUAUAAGUACGAUAUUAUGCGACGUCUAUCCAAAUUCCCAAGCAUGAUGGACAUGCAUCGCCAACGCGACAGAGGGAGCCUUUGAGGAGAGGACCCGACUUAGCAAAAAAUUGAGUAUCAAACUCUUUAAAUAUAUACGUUUUAGCAUGAUUUUUGAAAUGUAGGACCCCAUACUUUUGCCGAUACUACCUGAUCACGUACGGAUCUCAAUUAACUCGAGUUUUUUAA